UUCUAACGGUACGGUUGCCCGCCCUCCUCGGCCGUCCCAGCGGAGCCUUCUGCGCCGGGAUCCCGCGGCGCUGCCCAUGGCGCCGCCUCUGGCCCCGCUGCCCACGGGGGAAGCGGACGGGACUGCGCGCGAGGGGCGGAACCCCGUGAGGUUCGCGGACGUGGCCGUGUACUUCUCCCCCGAGGAGUGGGGGUGCCUUGCGCCCCCGCAGAGGACCCUGUACCGGGACGUGAUGCGCGAGACCUACGGCCACCUGUGCGCGCUCGGAUUCCGAGGCGCCAAGCCCGCCCUCAUCUCCUGGGUGGAGGAGGAGGCCGAGCUGGGGGACGCUGAGGCCCGGGAUCCGGAGGCGGGAGCGUGGUCUCCGCGAGCAGAGCCAGAUUCCAGAAACAAGGGCAAGAAGGGACAGCGAGAAGACACUGCAACUCCAGAGAAGAUCCUCUCUGCAUAUGGAGAACCUCUUGAGCUGAAGACUGUCAAAGCCCCUUCUGCCCGGUGCCCUGGUGGUCUGAAGCAGCCCUUGAGAGGCUGUUCCCGGCUCUGUGCCCCCCUCCCUGUCCCGCGGGCAGACCAGCGUCACGGCUGCCACCUGUGCGGGAAGAGUUUUGCUUGGCACUCCACUCUGAUCCGACACCUGUACACGCACACAGGGGAGAAGCCCUUCUGCUGCUCGGAUUGUGGCAAGGGCUUCAGCCAGGCCUCUACGCUCAGCAAGCACCGGGCCUUCCACCUGGGGGAGCGGCCCCACCGCUGCCCCGACUGCGGCCGGACCUUCACCCAGCGCUGUAACCUCACGACCCACCUGCGGGUGCACACGGGUGAGAAGCCCUACCGCUGUGCUGACUGCGGCCGCUGCUUCAGCCAGAGCUCAGCGCUCUGCCAGCACCAGCGGGUACACAGCGGCGAGACCCCCUACCCGUGUCCUGACUGUGGCCGUGCCUUUGCCCAUGCCUCGGACCUUCGUCGCCACAUGCGCACGCAUACGGGGGAGAAGCCCUACCCGUGCCCAGACUGUGGGCGUUGCUUCCGCCAGCGUUCAGAGUUAGUAGUCCACCGUCGCACCCACAGUGGCGAGCGCCCGUACCCCUGUCCUCAGUGUGGCCGGUGCUUCAGCCAGAAGUCAGCAGUGACCAAGCACCUGUGGGUCCACAGGCCAGGUGCUGGGGGGCGCAGAGGCCGGGUUGUCAGUGUCAUGCCUGGCCCCCUGGCCCCUGGCCGAGGAGACCUGGACCCGCCUGUGGGAUUUCAGCACUACCCAGACAUAUUCCAGGAGUGCGGGUGAUGGCCUCAAAGGUCAGUAGGCCAGAGGUGAAAAUCUUGGUGGUGUUGGAGCUCCAGCGGCAUCACAGCUGGAUCUGAGUGAAGAGGAGUCUGAGCCCGUCAUCAGCUUGAUCCAUUGAUAUUUUACUUUCUAAUCUCCCAGACUCAAGAAACACCCUUUGAUCAAUUAGGGCUGAGGAUUCCCACUACACCAGUUACAGGAAAGCAAAGGCCGUAUCUUACCUUCCCUGUGCUGAAAGGAUUGAGGUAGAGGAGAACUUUAUUUCACCCAUUAUCAUUAUUACCAGAGUUAAAAAACCAAGGACCUUAUACUGAAUCAGGCCCACAGCUGCCUUUGUACUGUUUUAGGCCCAGAGAGCAUUUGUGAAAUGUUACAAAAUACAGAUUACGGUGUAAAAGUUUAGGCCGGGGACAAAGCAAUAGUACAGUGAGCAGGGCACUUGCCUUGCAUGCAACAAACCCAGGUUCAAGCUCCAGCACCCUAUAUGGUACCCUGAGUACCCCACCAGUGAUAAUGCAUAGCCAGGAGUAACUCCUGGGCAUCACCAGGCCCCAAAACAAGAGGGGCAGCAGAGUACAGGAGGUAAGGUGCUUGCACAUGACUGACCCCAGAAUGAUCACACCCUGGUCCCUCAGAAGUGAAUGAGCCCUAGCACAGGAGUAAGCCGUGAGCACCAUUGGUUGUGGCCCCUCAAAUAUUUAAAAAUCAAGGAAUUCUAUAUAAGGAUCCAAGUUUCUGGUUUGUUUUGGAAAGACCAGGACUUGGAAAUGACUUAAGCUCCCCCAGAGAACAUUUGGCAGGAGCUGUCCCGUUAGGGAAAGCAGAAUCCAUUAUGUUCAGCAUGAUCACAAUCACGACGAUCACGACCAUCCUGUUACUUGUCGAUUGCCUCCAGCAGGCCCCAGUAACGUCUCUUUCGUCCUAGCCCUGCCUGAGAUUUUUAAAAAAGUGCCAUAUUCAAGGCUCUUUCAGAGUUAGGAGAAUGAGACCCAUUAUUGUUACUGGUAUUUGGCAUAUUAGGUACGCCACGGGGAGUUUGCCAGACUCUGCCGUGUGGGCAGGUUACAUUCGGUAGCCUGCCAUUUUGUCCAAAGUAGGAAUGAGAUAAUAAGAUGUCAUGGUGAAUGCGGCCGCGCGCUUCCAGGAGCUGGGUUUUAUAGUCUCUGGGUCUUGGUCGAUGAUGGGAUUACAGGGGGCCAGUUGGUGGGUGUGAUCCCUGCCUACUGGAAUUUGGAGGAUCUGGGUGGAAGAUGCUCAGCCCCGAUCCGAGCAGGCUUGGAGAUCUCAGCCCCGAGACCCGCAUGCCUUUGUUCCUCUGCCGGUAUCUUCAUGCGUGUUCAGCACGAACUUCACUUAAAAUUUAGGAGUUCUGUUCACUUCCAUGAACUGCUGGGUUCUUGUCACUGAGUUUGCACACUAUGGUUUACAGCACUCACGGUGACUUGGGCAUUGUAGAGAGCAUAUAUGUGAAGAGGUGCCAGGAGAGAAGAAAAAGCAUGCUUUGUGCUUUCAAAGGUUUACAGAGUGCCAUCUUGCUCACAGCUUGGCCUGCGCUUAAGGAGUAACUUGCUCAUAGAGGACAGCCAGAUGAAGAAGAGGCAGCUGAAUCUUUUACCCAAAAACAAGUAGUUUGUUUGCCAUAGCAUAGCACUACACUUAGCUGGCCAGCAGUUGUUCUGUUUUUGAAGAAGUGGCCAAGAUUGCCUUCCUGACUCGGGCCUGCCUGGGAUCUCCUUGUGCCUUAGGCCUCGGCCACCUGAGACCUUGCCAAGAACUCAU